AUGGAUUUACUAGGCCAAUACAGCGACUCGGAUGCGGAAGAGCAGCAACGAAUCCCCGCGGCGGAAGCCCCAGGCCCGGCCCCACAGCCUCGCACCCGCAACGCACCCGCUUCCAGUCCCCAGCUAUGCAGCUCCACAGUUCCCCCCCUAUCGGAGCAAAUCCAGUCUCAACCGGAGCCGCCCACUUCGUUGUUCAACCCCUUCGCAACACCAGACGCUUUACGGCAGUCUUCACAUGCCAGCGCAUCACCUUCAACUGGGGGAGGCGGCAGCGGUAAGCGCGCAUUCACCCAGGUUACCGGCAGCUCUCCGAUUCAGGAUGCGCCACCCAAGGCGUCUCGCGCCGCGACCACACCACGUGGGCCCAAGCCCGCCUUCAACACGGCGCUAGUGCCGCCACAGCUGCGAAACGGAAGGGCGAACAUUUCGACAGAGGACGUGGAGAAGAUAUUCACGAGAGGCAACUUGGCGAGACGACAACAGCAACAACAGCAGCAAGAGUAA